AUGGACCCACUCAUGAGUGCGUACGGACCCUUGAUGGGAGCAUCUGCUCCGUUCUGUAUGCCAAAAUGCAUGCCAUUGUGCUCACCAAGCUGUAUGCAGCCUGGAAUGCUACCGACGGGUUUACCUCUUCAGCAGAUGCUCUCGCCGUGCAUGAGCACAUGCAUGCCGUUAUGUCAUCCUUCAUGCGUUAAUCGACUAUCACCUUCUUAUCGUCCACAACCGUCAAGAUCAACUCGCCGUAUACCUCCCAGAUCAGCUCCUCGAAUUCCUCCAUCAUCAUCAUCAUCACUUCUAGCACCACCAGAACUUCAGCUGGACUGCCCAGAUCAGUGUGUACCCUACUGCACCCGUAAAUGUAUUCAACUAAUGAAUCGUAUUAUGCGUAAUCCGAUGCUACCAGUUACUCAACCUUUCAUCAAUAAUGAGCGCUGCAAUCCCACAUCCCAACUGAAUUGUAACCCACGGUAUAUGUCAGUUAGUCCACAGUAUCCACAACGACAGGCAUCUCCAGCAUCUUACGACAUGCCUCUGUAUCGUCAGUUUCAAACACAAGAUUACAAUUUGGGUCUGUCCUCACCCAAAUUCAACUAUCAACCCCCUGCAUAUAAGCUAAAUUCGGAUUGCAAACGAUCAUGUGAUGAACUUCCAUGUGAAAGGGAAUGCGUAUCAUCAAAAUCGUCAACGGUGAAUCUCUAUACGUAUCAAGACGAUUCUAAACAGAGUGCAGUAUGUGAUCGUGAUUGUAUGCCAUCAUGUCAACCAUCAUGCACUUCCUCCAGACCACCUUCACUUUCACCAAAGCACACCAAAAAAUGUAUUGAGCAAUGCAUGCCUGCGUGCUCACCUUCUUGUAUUCAAUCUGUUCUGAGCGACGAAACAGAUUCACCUCNUUCUGGAUCCUAA